GCAGUGCUGGUGACUAACAUCACAGUAAAUGAACGAUUAAUCCAGAGUCUACGAGAACACUUGAAAGAGUUACAGACAGAAUAUGGAAAGCUACAGAUGGAUGUUUACUGGUUUCAGAAAAAUCAGACUAACCUUCAGAGGAAGUUCUCAUAUGACCUGUCACAGUGCAUCAACCAGAUGAAAGAAUUAAAAGAACAGUGUGAAGAAAGGAUAGAUGAGCUUACAAAAAAGGGUAGUGAUGCAGCACAAAUCAAAGAAAACAAAGACUUCUCAGAAGAUUCAAAAAAAAGUAGCCAGCUGCCAGCCUUGAAGCAAACAGAGUUCAAGCAAGCUGACUUGGAACAGCAGAAACACAAUGAAGAUGUACCUAAAGCAAUACCUACAGUAAAAAAGACAGACUCGUUGCAAGAUAAAGAAAGAAUAAAUGGCCUAGCUGACAUCAGAAAACAGGAGCCUAAGGCAGAAGAGGACAAGCUUUCUAGCGAACUGAAAAACCCACAGGAUUCAGUUAAGGUGACUGCAGGUCAUAAGGAAAUGCUGCCUCAGUCAGAGAAGGAGCUGAAGCCAUCUGAAGAUGAAAAACAUGUAGCGGAGCAAGAUGCGUCACAGCUGGCAGCAGAACAGCCUGCCAGUGAGGAAAUUGAGAGGGAGCAGCUCCUAAAUUAUGAUGCGAAGCAGGAUGACUUGCCCCCCGGAAACCCUGACAAACAGGAACAUGAAGCACUGAACAAGGACAAGGAUGUUGAUUACAAUUUAGAUGAGAAUGAAGCUGAAUCAGAAACGGACAAGCAAGCAGCACUUGCAGGGAUUGAAAAUGUUCAAAACCCUGAAGAUACGAAGAACCACUUAUCUGAGCAAGGUGAAGAACGACAGAGGUUGUGA